AUGGCGGGUGGUAGCGGCGGGGCAUUGGCGGUGGACGCCGAGGUGGUCAUCGUCGGCGCUGGGAUCGCGGGGCUCGCUACCGCGGUGGCGCUGCGCCGGGUCGGCGUGGGCGGCGUUCUGGUGCUGGAGCGGCACUCCGAGCUGCGCGCCACGGGUGCCGCGCUCACCGUCUACCCCAACGGCUGGAUCGCGCUCCGAGCGCUCGGCGUCGCGCACAAGCUCACCUCCCGCUACGAAGGCUGCGGAAUAUUCCGGGUUACCAAUCUUGAGAACGGAGAAACUAAAGUGUUUCAGUUCGCUGGACGCGAAAGCAGCGAUGAAAUCAAGGUGAGGCCGGCGGAUCGAAAGGCGCUGCUGGAAGCGCUCGCGGAGGAGCUCCCGCCGGGCACCAUUCGCUUUUCGUCGAAGCUCGUAUCCAUCAACACUGAGACAGCCGAGACUUCGCCGGAGACUGCCGUUCUGCGGCUGGACGACGGCACAGUGAUCCGAGCCAAGGUGCUGAUCGGGUGCGACGCGGUGCACUCGGUGGUGGCGCGGUGGCUAGGACUGUCGGAGCCGGUCACCUCCGGCCGGUCCGCCGUCCGAGGGCUCGCCGUGUACCCGGACGGCCAUGGCUUGAAGAAAGAGGUCCGGCAGUUCCUCUCGAAGGGCCUGAGGGCCGCCAUGGUGCCCAUCAACGACACGGAAGUAUACUGGUUCCUCGUCAACAACACUGUCGCCGCAGAGAAAGAAGCCCGCACAUACCCCGUGAACAUCCUGCGGGAGGUCACCGACAACUUGGGCAGGCACAUGCCGCCAGAGUACCUCGACGUGGUGCGCCACUCCAGCCACAACAGCCUCUCGUGGGUGCCGCUGCUCUACCGGUCGCCUUGGGCCAUCCUAACGGGACUGGCGGCUCGGGGGCCGGUCACGGUGGCCGGCGACGCGUUCCACCCCAUGACGCCGGACUUGGCGCAGGGUGGGGGCUCCGCGCUGGAGGACGCGGUGGUGCUCGCCCGAGCUAUGUCGCGGGCGGCCACGCCAGCAGAGGGGGUGGCAGCUUAUGUGUCGGAGCGACGUGGCCGGGCCGCCUUGCUGGUCGCCGGUGCCUACCUGUCGGGUUGGGUCCAGCAAGGCGGGACCGACGUGCAGGGUCUGCGAGGUUGUAUGGUCAAGCUGUUCCGUGACUGGAUCUUUUACAGGUACAUCUUUCGAAGGCUCGCCGGUAUGAUGUGGUACGAUUGCGGCGACUUGUUGCCGCCGACGUCUAACGAGAAGGGCAAGAAUCACUCAGAGUGAUGUUUUCCAUCAUGUCUCAUUAAAUU